CCUCCCUCCUCCUGUCCUCCUCCUCCUCCUCCUCCUCCUCCAGCAGCAGCAGUACCGACACUUUCGGACCCGACACUCACCGAACAUGUUCCGGGCUCUGGACGCUGCGCUCGCCGUGCUGCUGGCCGCCUCUCUGCGGAGCACCGCGGGCGGCUACGGCGCGGGCGGCGGGGGCUCGGCUCUCUUCUCCGCUCAAACCUCGGCCCCGGACCCGUGCUACGACGAGCACGGUACCCCGCGCCGCUGCAUCCCGGACUUCGUCAACUCGGCGUUCGGCAAGGAGGUGAAGGUGUCCAGCACCUGCGGCCACCGGAGCGCGAGCCGCUACUGCGUGCUCAGCUCGGCGGACAAGGCGGACGAGAGGAGCCGAAGCUGCCACACGUGCGACGCGGCGGACCCCAAGCGGAACCGUCCCCCGGCGUACCUCACCGACCUAAACAACCCGCACAACCUGACGUGCUGGCAGUCGGAGAACUUCGUCCAGUACCCGCAGAACGUAACGCUCACGCUCUCCCUGGGCAAGAAGUUCGAGGUGACCUACGUCAGCCUCCAGUUCUGCUCGCCGAGACCCGAGUCCAUGGUGAUCUCCAAGUCCAUGGACUACGGCAAGACGUGGGUGCCCUUCCAGUUCUACUCGAGCCAGUGCCGCAAGAUGUACAACAAGCCCAAUCGGGCCGCCAUCACUAAGCAGAACGAGCAGGAGGCCAUCUGCACCGACUCGCACACGGACAUGUUCCCGCUGAACGGAGGUCUGAUCGCCUUCAGCACGCUGGACGGCCGGCCCUCGGCGCACGACUUCGACAACUCGCCCGUGCUGCAGGACUGGGUGACGGCCACCGACAUCCGCGUCACCUUCGGCCGGCUGCACACGUUCGGCGACGAGAACGAGGACGACUCGGAGCUGGCGCGGGACUCGUACUUCUACGCCGUGUCCGACCUGCAGGUGGGCGGCCGCUGCAAGUGCAACGGCCACGCGUCGCGCUGCGUCAAGGACCGCGACGGCGAGCUGGUGUGCGAGUGCAAGCACAACGCCGCCGGCCCGGAGUGUGACAGGUGCAAGCCCUUCCACUACGACCGGCCGUGGCAGAGGGCCACGGCCCGGGAGGCCAACGAGUGCGUCGCCUGUAACUGCAACCUGCACGCCCGCCGCUGCCGCUUCAACAUGGAGCUGUACAAGCUGUCGGGGAGGAAGAGUGGAGGCGUGUGCCUUAACUGCCGCCACAACACGGCUGGACGCCAUUGCCACUACUGCAAGGAGGGCUACUACCGGGACAUGUCCAAACCCAUCUCGCACAGGAAAGCCUGCAAGGCAUGCGAUUGCCAUCCCGUGGGUGCCGCCGGCAAAACCUGUAACCAAACCACAGGACAAUGUCCCUGUAAAGACGGCGUGACCGGUAUCACGUGCAACCGCUGCGCUAAAGGCUACCAGCAGAGCCGCUCGCCCAUUGCCCCCUGCAUAAAGAUUCCAGUCACACCGCCUACGACAGCAGCCAGCAGCACAGAAGAGCCCUCAGACUGUGACUCUUACUGCAAAGCGUCAAAAGGCAAACUGAAAAUCAACAUGAAGAAGUACUGCAAGAAGGAUUACGCUGUCCAGGUGCACAUUCUGAAGGCGGACAAGGCCGGCGAGUGGUGGAAGUUCACCGUCAACGUCAUUUCUGUCUACAAGCAAGGCGAGAGCCGCAUCCGCCGGGGGGACCAGUUCCUGUGGGUACGCGCCAAAGACGUAGCCUGCAAGUGUCCCAAGAUCAAGCCCGGCAAGAAGUACCUGCUGCUGGGCAACGACGAGGACUCUCCUGGUCAGAGCGGCGGCGUGGUAGCGGACAAAGGAAGCCUGGUAAUCCAAUGGAGGGACACGUGGGCGCGCAGGCUGCGGAAGUUCCAACAGCGUGAGAAGAAAGCAAAGUGCAAGAAGCCAUAGAUGGGGAAAAGACGCAGUGGGAGUGGGAUUCCAGAGGAAAGCUUAAAAUUGUUUUUUGUUUUUUAUGAAUGAAACAGAGACAGACAGAAGACUACCGUCGAAAGAGACUGUUGACGUUGCUGCUUUUUGGUUUUUCGUUAAGUAGCAUGAAAAGAAUCAUUUAGGAAUUCUUCUCUAGAGAACUUUGGUUGAAGGAGCUCACCUCGCAGAUUUGGUUUGACCCUUUCUUUGACACCCAUCUCUUGCGGAAUUGCCCGUUUUGCACCCAAUACCAGUAUGUCACCAAUAUAUACUGUAUAUGGCCACUUGUUGGUUUUACAGUCAGUAUAUCAUUUUUGUGUGUUUCUAUCCUAUUGGCUUGUUCAAAAAGCCACUAAUCACCAGGGAAGAUUCUCCUCUGCAUGGUUUUGUUUUUGGAUGGUUGGCCGACAGGACAACUUAUUUCAUGGUGAAAUGCAAAUGCAAAUGGUUUCAGGUCAACACGAACUAUUUGGGGAUUCAAAUGUUGAACACUUAACCUGGUUGUGCUUUACGUUACAAUGAAAUGCAUUGCCCUGAUUCCGUUACAACGUUCUUAGAUCCAGACUUCCCAAGACCAGGCCGAGAGACUGAUUCGGAACCAUGUUACAAGUUCUGUCACCGUUUAUGAAAGACAAUUAGGCUCUUGUGGAACAUAGAUGAAAAGGGCCGUCCUGCAUCUUUUCGAUGUUUCCGACCGCCAACACACCCGAUUCGGCUCCGAGGACCGGAUUCGGACACCCCAAGGGUAAAAGGUAUAUAUUAAUGUCACACUUGAUAUCCAGGAUUUUGUAAUGUUUCUUGACAAAAAUAUAUUGGUUUACACCACUAUAUGUACAAAAAUGUAUAUGUCAUUAUAUAAGGCAAAGGAAAGCAAUAUUCUUUCACUUGACUUAAGAACUCUAGAGGUAGUGACUGAUCACGACCUAAAUAGCUAGUUAGACUUUCAACGUGCAGAUAGGUAUGUAUUUAAUUCAGUUUAAUCAAUGGAAAAAAAUGGAAAAAAUAAGAAAGAAAAAUUACAGGGGGGAAAAACAUAUUUUUGUUUAUUGGAAAAAUUCUGUAGAUUUCAUCCAAGAAAACAAAGGAAACAAAUCAGUAAGGUAACCUGCUAUUCUUUAACUAAAUACUCAUUAAAUGAUCAAAAAUCAACACUGAUUUGGAUUUUCUCCAUUCAACAUCUACAAAUGUUCUCAUUCCUGUGAAAACACACAAUGCCUCACCUUCGUUCCCAACGCAUGCUGCAACCUGGCAACGGGUGACAUGCGGCAUUAUGUUGCUCUUUGAACAUUUAUUUGAUUGCAUUUGAAAUUGGAUUUAGCCACCACAAACAAAUAUUUACCAGAUUGUACAUGAGUACGUUUCGUAAAGAAAAGCUUUACUGUAAACUACAUGAUACGAGUGAGGUCCCCUUUCUCUGAAUGCCAGUAAUAUGAUCCAAAUCUUACAUCAAAUCUGUCAAACUAAACACAGGGGCUCUGAUAUAUGAUAAAAAAAAAGAGUAGAACAACUUUUCUAGUCCAAGUAUGACUCAGUAUUUUAGGUGUAGUGUUUGAUCAUGAGCCAUUUUCCUCCGUGCAAUGAUUCAUUACUCUACUUUUUUUUUUAACCGACUGCCGCAAACACAAUACAUGAACAUGUUUCUUUCAUGGUUUCUCUUGCAACAUCGUGUCAAACGACAGCAUUGGCCCACCAUGUAACCUUCCACAUUUUCAUACCACCCAGAGAGCUUGCCAUCAAAAGUGUUGCUUUGUGUUCAUACUAUGAAUUGUAAAUGCUGUUUAGUUGUCACAUUUAAAGCCCUUUUUUUUCUUUUCUCUUUGUUUUUACAAUGUGUACUAAUAUAUUAUGGUUAUUAUAUAUAAAUAUAUUUAAUUACACAAGCCAUUGUGGAUUUCUUUUUUUCCCCACCUUUUUUUUCUUAAAUGUGUCGUCAUUGGUGAGACUGUUGCCAUUAAUUCAAGAAGGAAAAUUAUAACUACUGAAUAUACCAACCCGGUAGAAAGGCAGAUUUUCAAAUAAACUCUUGUUACACUGAAAAAAAUGUGGCCUUUCGGUGUCUUUAAUUAUAGAUUUAUAUGCGCUUCUUCGGAUAAAUCAAACAAUAGUCCAUUAAGAUACACUUGGCAAACACAAAAUCUUAAUAUAUAA